UUAAUGUUAUUUUUCUUCCCAUCAUAAUUAAGCUCCUUCGUGGGUUUUUCUUUGGGAGAUUUACUAUUAUACCAAUAUAGGGGCCCAAAUUUUAUAUAAAAAAAAAACCAUAUAUGAAUUAAAUUUAGAAACGCACACAAAGCUCAUUUACAACAUAACACAAAGGCUUUAAACUUCCUGUAAAUUACAAAACUGUCGUGGAUUUUUUCAAACAAGCCCAUCGAUUUUUUUGGUUUGUUUAUAGAAAUUAAAUGGUGUAAGGUUUAUCUAUAUCAUUAGUGCUAAGAAUGGAUAUAUGACUAAAUAUCUCUUUUUCUUUUUCCUAUCGUUUUGACCUUUUAAAUGAGAUUAUUGCUGGACAUGAAGGACAAUUUCAUGUAAUUAUUUGGGUACAAAAUUUGAUUCUUCACAAUGGUCAAACUUUUGAAUAUAUUUUUCUAACUAGAUUCAUUUAUUUAUAAAGAUGCUACUAAUUCCUUAUUACGAUAUAUCCUUUUUGUAGGUACAAUUACGCCGAAGGAAGUGAAAGAAUAAAUCAACCCAAAGGAAGUGCCUGAAGCCCAUUGGUUAAUUUGAACAAUUGUGUGUCAAAUUUGUUUCCACAGUUUGACCCAUUGGUUAUAAGAGACUAAAUCCGACUUAGCGGCUCUACUCACACAUGCGCCAUUAUACAUAUUACGUGUUUGAAUAUAACAGUUGAGUUUUGGGGGGAGACAAAAACUCAUUCAAAUAUGGAAGUUUUCAUUUCCCUUUGUACCAUGACAUUCUACGUAGUUGCCCCCUCAAACCCAUUCAAUGCCCAUCUGUGUUUUGUUCUCAUUUGCAGCACGUACUUCCUCCUCUAUAUAAAGGCCAUGAAGCAUGCCAGCCAGAGCCAACUUAUACUUAUCAAGAUUAUUACCAACAAAAAAAACCUCAAGUUAUGGCAAUGCAAUUACGAUCUUUUCUCUUAGGCGUGCUGCUACUAAUUGGCUUUGCAUUCACAAAUAGCAAAGCAGAUAUUAGAGCUCCACCCACGCAUUUUGACACCGCUUCUCUCAAUAGGAGCAGUUUUCCAGAAGGGUUCAUAUUUGGCGUAGGUUCUGGAUCUUACCAAUAUGAAGGUGCUGCAAACGAAGGUGGUAGAGGACCAAGCAUUUGGGAUACCUUCACCCACAAAUAUCCAGAAAAGAUUAAUGAUAGCAGUAAUGGAGAUAUCGCUGUUGAUCAGUAUCACCGCUAUAAGGAAGAUGUGGGGAUUAUGAAGAAUAUGGGGUGGGAUGCUUAUAGAUUCUCUAUCUCAUGGUCAAGAUUAUUACCAAAUGGAAAGUUAAGUGGAGGAGUGAACAAGGAAGGAAUCAAAUAUUACAACAAUCUCAUCAAUGAGCUCUUACGCAAUGGUCUAACGCCAUUUGUGACACUCUUUCAUUGGGACCUUCCCCAAACUUUAGAAGACGAAUAUGGUGGUUUCUUAAGCCCUCAUAUUGUCAAUCAUUUUCAAGAUUACGCAGAACUUUGUUAUAAGGAAUUUGGUGAUCGAGUAAAGCAUUGGAGCACACUGAAUGAGCCAUAUACCUUUAGUAACUUUGGUUAUGCAAUCGGGUCUCAUGCGCCGGGACGAUGCUCCACUUGGCAGCAGCUAAACUGCACCGGGGGAGAUUCAUCUACUGAACCAUAUUUGGUAACACACCACCUGCUCCUUGCUCAUACAGCUGCCGUAAAAUUGUACAAAAAUAAAUACCAGGCAUCUCAAAAUGGAGUGAUAGGGAUAACACUGGUGUCACAUUGGUUUGAGCCCCUAUCAGAAGAAAAAGAAAAUAAAAAUGCAGCAUUACGAGCUUUGGAUUUUAUGUUCGGAUGGUUUGUUGAGCCAUUGACAAGCGGUGACUAUCCUCAAAACAUGCGAUCUCUUGUUGGAAGCCGAUUACCAAAAUUCACGAAAGAACAAUCCAAGUUGCUAAUUGGUUCAUUUGAUUUUCUUGGACUAAACUAUUAUGCUGGUUACUAUGCAAGCAAUGCACCUCAAAAUAACUCUGUAUACGCAAGCUACACAACAGAUGCUGGAGUUAAUCUUUCAUCUGAGCGUAACGGGGUCCCCAUCGGUUCAAAGGGUGCUUCGGAAUGGCUAAAUGUUUAUCCACAAGGAAUUCAAGAUCUUUUACUCUACACAAAGAAAAAGUAUCACAAUCCAGUCAUUUACAUCACUGAAAAUGGGGUGGAUGAGUUCAAUGAUCCGAAAUUAUCACUUGCCGAAGCCCUUAAUGAUACCCAUAGAAUUGACUACUACAAUCGCCACCUUCAUUAUGUUCAAAGUUCUAUUGACAAUGGUGUCAAAGUGAAGGGAUUCUUUCCAUGGACGUUGCUAGACAACUUUGAAUGGAGUUCGGGAUACAGUGUUCGAUUUGGUAUUACCUAUGUGGAUUACAACGAUACGCUUAAAAGGCACCCAAAACUCUCAGCACACUGGUUCAAAAGUUUCCUUAAGCCGUAUUGAAAACUUCAGAUCAUAUUCGUCAUUCAAUAUUUGUAAUUAAUUCAAUAAUGUGAAUUUUAGGUUUGUACAAUAAUUCUAGAGAUUCCAAAUUUAUGUACAUACAAAAUUUGAAAUCCAAAUUUGUGUACAUAAAAUAAUUUCAAUUUUUAUACUUGUAUAAGAUUAAAUUUCCAUUUGACUGUCGA